AUGCGUGACCAUUUUGCGCGCACCUCCCUUUCCCUUUCGCGAUCCUUUUACUUCCGCUCACCGAUCUCAACGUCGCGCAUUCACCGAAGCAAUUCCAGUCCGUAUCCCGCCUUGUCCCCUUGGCCCGCAUCUUUUGCGCGUGUCCUCUCCUCAUCACUCACUCCAACCGCUCACUCUCAUUCACUAGCAACCCCCAAUAACAAUGAUACUCCGCGCCCUCGCAUCGCAACCCCCUCUUUUCGCCUCAUCCAAAGACGCCAUCUCUCCGCCGUCGGUCCGUCCGGGGCUGGCGGCCCCGGCCUUGCGGAUGGAAAGGUCUCGCGCGCCGGCUCUAUCCGCGUCUUACGCAACCUAGGUGGCUAUCUCUGGCCCGCCGAUGAUGCCACCGUCCGUCGCCGCGUAGUUGGCGCCGUCGGUCUGCUCGGUGUUAGCAAGGCGUUAAGCGUCAGCGUCCCGUUUAUGUUUAAGUACGCUGUCGAUGCCAUGUCCAUGUCCGCCUCUGUCACCGACGUCUCCGCACCCAUCCUUGUCCCCGCCGCGGCCCUCAUCGGCUAUGGCGCCGCGCGAGCGGGGUCCUCGCUCACGGGUGAAUUGCGGAAUGCUGUGUUUGCAUCCGUUGCGCGGAAAGCGAUCGUCGAAGUCGCUGUCAACACGUUUCGACAUCUCCACGCGUUGCCGCUUUCGUUUCACUUGCAGAGGGAGACAGGCGCUUUGGCGAGGGUUAUCGAUCGGGGUCAGAAGGGUAUCGACUUUAUGCUGAGGAGCAUGGUCUUCAAUGUCUUUCCUACCAUACUUGAAGUGAGCAUCGUGUGUGCUAUUUUGGCCACGAGAUUUGGACCAGCAUUUGCAGGGGUAGCUGCUGCAACUGUGGGGGCGUACACUGUGUUUACGUUUGCAACAACUCAUUGGCGAACCCGGUUCAGGAAGCAGAUGAACCGCGCGGACACUGCCGCGUCGUCGAAGGCCAUUGACUCGUUGCUCAACUUUGAGACCGUCAAAUACUUCGGCAAUGAGGAACAUGAAGCCCAGAAGUACGCCCAGUUCUUGAAACAGUAUGGCAACGCGCAUGUCAAAACACAAGGCUCUCUUAGUUUGCUCAAUUUCGGGCAGAAUGCAAUAUUUUCGGCAGCGCUAACUACCAUCAUGCUUAUGACUAGUCACGAGAUCGCUAGCGGUGCCAUGACCAUCGGAGACCUCGUCAUGGUCAACGGCAUGCUUUUCCAGCUUUCCCUUCCCCUGAAUUUUCUGGGAACCGUAUACCGCGAAAUUCAACAAAGUUUGAUUGACAUGGAGUCAAUGUUCUCACUCCUUGCGCAACCUGCUCAUUCAGAUUUAGUUGCAAAAAACGCGACACGGCCCCUCGUGCUUAAGAACAAGAACAAUGGUGCGACUGUAACUUUUGAAAACGUUUCCUUUGGGUACACCGAUGAGAGAAAGAUCCUUGACAAUGUAUCUUUUGAAGUACCCAACGCCAGCACAGCUGCCAUUGUAGGACCCAGCGGAUGUGGUAAAUCCACGAUCAUCCGCCUUCUAUAUGGUCUGUACAGGCCAAACGAUGGGCGAAUAUUGAUAGAUGGACAAGACAUUUGGGAUGUGGACAUGAAUAGUGUUCGAUCACGUGUGGGAGUCGUUCCGCAAGACACAGUACUCUUUAACAAUACUAUCAAGUAUAACAUCGCGUAUGGGCGAUUAGGUGCAUCUGAUGCCGAAGUCAUGGAAGCCGCCCGCCAAGCCUCCAUACACGAUGCUGUAUCUCGUUUUCCCGAAGGGUACGAGACGCAAGUCGGAGAAAGAGGUUUGAAGAUUUCAGGCGGAGAAAAGCAGCGUUUGGCCAUCGCUCGUACCGUUUUGAAAGACCCUGUCUUGUUGUGUCUUGAUGAAACCACAAGCAGCCUGGAUAGUAAGACGGAAGAAGAAAUUUUGAGGUCGUUGCACAAUUUGACAAGGUCGCGAACAGCAAUUUAUAUUGCCCAUCGCCUCUCGACCGUCUCUGGUCUAGACAACAUCAUUGUGCUGGAUCACGGAAGGGUGAUUGAGAUCGGGGCGCACAGGAGCUUGAUCUCUGAUAAUGGGUUCUAUGCAGACAUGUGGCUUAGACAACAGGGAUAA